AGACACACUUCAAAGUUAUCAAACUCGUCUAUCCCUUCAGACCUUCGCUUGCACGCCACAUAUUUAAACAUGAACCCUACGGAGAAAAGUUUUGGAUCCGAUUCACUUCCAGAAACUGCUUUAGUUCCUCAAGCAUCUUCACCUAAAAACCUUGACGUAUCUUCCGACGCUUCAUGCCUCAACGGGUCUCCACAAGCAGUUCAAUCCAGCCCAUCAUCACCAGCCCAAGCUGAGCCGGAGCUCAUCUCCACAACCCCAGCGAGCUCUCAGGACUCUACAACUCCUUCGCGGUCUCCCAAUGAUGAUCAGACAGAUUCCUCUGAAGAACUCAAUAACAAAACUUCUGCUGUCAAUGCAGAUCCUUCCGAAGUUCCAACUGAUUCUGCUGCGUCUCUUCCUGCUCCAACAAACAAUCAACUCUUGGACGCUAUCUUGCCGAUCCGGUCCGAAGCUCCGACGCUCGGAGUUCCUAAGCUUCUUUCCCGACUCAAGGCCCUCAACCCAAGUUGGCAGCUCAGCGAAAAGCGUCUCCGGAAGUUCCUUAAUUCGAAUCCCAAUCUCUCAGCUCAGACAUCAAACCUUGGGCAAGCUCGCUCGUCACCUCGUGUUCCUUCCGAGCCAAUCUGGCUGCCGGACUAUGCUUGGGAUAAAGAUUGGGAAGCAGCCUCUGCCGACAACAGCUCCACUGAGCCUGUCAGCUCUUUGGACGAUGUUCUCCUCCUAGAGUGUCGUCAACGCAGUGUAAAAGUAGAGCCUGUUCGGUUUCCUGAGAGCAAUAAAGGUAGUGGACUGAUAGCAAAGGCUAACUACCCCAAGGGAACCCAAAUAAUCAAGGAGGACGCGGCGCUUUCACGCUCCGUUAUCUCCGGUCAAAGUUGUGCAUUCUGUGGUCGAGCCUUCUCAACGCAACGCACAAAGAGUCAACCAACUUGUCCGCAUCACCCUGCACCUGGCUCUAAAGAGGCUAUCGCAGCGCAACAGCUUGUCACAACCACUUCGACCAGUCUCGCCACCGGUAGCCAAUCUGUUACCGAAAAGCCAGCCGGUCCCGAACCUUGUUACAUGCGCUAUUGUACUCGUGUAUGCGCUCAACGUUCAGUCGACUAUUACGGCCCCCUGGUCUGCCCACAAAAGAACCCAGAGUACAUGCAAGUGAUACGUUUGGCUGAUUCAGAGGAGUUCAGAGGCGCUCAUAUGGUUUUCAAGAUAUUUGCAAGAAUGUUGAUCGCGAACGAAACUGGUGAAAUUAGUCCAAAUCCUUCGUUUGUACCCCCACAGAGGGAAGAAAGUGAGGUAAAGAACGGCACAGUUAAUCCAGAAUUGGAACAAGACCCGAUUGGCUCAGACGAUCCAGCCUUAAACACACGCCACAACAAUAAGAAUAAAAAGGCUAAGGCCAAAAAAAAGGUGAUGAAUGUCACACCAGAGUGGACCGGACCUAGUGUGGAGUUUGAAAAGAUUGUAAAGCGACUCGAGGGUCUUGCUACGGUUUCUGAACGUGCUCGUCGCGACCGCCUUCACGGAGGUGGUCAUCUUGCAUCGCACUUCACCGAUGUACGAUUUGGUCAACUAUGGCGUAAUGGAUGGCAUGUGGUCACUCGUGCACUUCAUCUUGACACAGGUUAUCGUCCUGCACCAACAGAAUCUGAGACGAAUUCGACUGAUGGUUUUUGGGCGACGUUCUGGAAACGGAGGCUUAACACCGAGACGAUUGCUCAUUACUUUGGAUUCCGCGGUUUCCUAGAGUAUCUCGGCAAGGCAGCCUUGAACAGAGAAACAGAUCAUGGGCUCUACCUUCUCCAUGCUCGAUUCAAUCCGCUGAAACAUCCGGGGUCGGAGGAGCUGCACAAAAUAGCACCAUCGACAAUCUAUGUCAUUGCAAAACGAGAUAUCCAACAGGAUGAAGAGAUCACGAUUUCAUACAUCAACCCCGAAUUGUGUCUGGAGGCACGGCGAAAGAAGCUAUUUGACGACUACCUAUUCUCCUGCUUCUGUUCUCGUUGUCGACGUGAGCUAAAAGAAGAAGAAGUUAAGAGAUUGGCAGAAGAAACGAGUCGGUUGAUGAUGAAUGGCGCGAUUCAAGAAAUUGGUUCAGAUGAAGCUCAGGAAGUCUCAAGUCCUACCACCACGGCUCUUCAGCACCCUAACGGAAAUGACAAUGGCAAUGCAAAUGGCAAUGGGGUGGAAGAUGACUCUAUGAUUGAUGAAUGUCAGUAG